UCUUUAGAAAAGCCUUCUUUAAAUCCCAUCUCCUCAAAUCUGCACUUAACCUCAGUUUUCUCAGUUGAAAUGUGAAAAUAAUUGCUUCCCAUUCCAUGUAUUGUUAGAAAUGUUCUAUACACUGUCCAAGAGGGUAACCUCUAGUCACAUGUGGCUUCUUAUAUUUAAUUAAAAUGAAAUAAAAUGCAAAAUUCAGUUCCUCAGCCACGCUGUCCACAUUACAAGUGACUAGUGGCUACCAUGUUGGACAGAGCAGAUACAGAACAUUUCCAUCGGUGCAGAAAGUUCUACUGGACAGUGCAAUCCUAGAGUUAGGAUUUGCCAAAAAUCAGAGAAAGUGGUAUGACUGAACUGAAAACCCAGGCAAGCGCCUGGUUGGUUUUAAGUAAGAAGAUUCAGUGGGUGAGUGGGAAGCAAGCUGACAUUCAGAACAGUGACAUCACAAAGCACAGCUCACAAUGGCUCCUGAACACCUGGACUCCUAGACCUCAUUCCCUAACUCAUAUCUAGGUUCCUGAAGCCUCUGCACAUGUAGUUCCUGGAGCUGCUUUUAUUAAAUGUCAUCUCCAUCUUCUGGCUGGGACGUCAUCAUAGAUUAUCUCUCUCUGAGCUCGAUAUGGAAUUAUCUACAAGCAACUCUUAUGGGAGAGACUAGUGUGCCUCAGCAAACAAAUUUGGGGCGGCUAGAUAAUCUUGCUCCAGCUGUGCAAGUUCUCCUGGGGAUUUCCUUUUUGAUUUUAUUGGGAAUAGGAGUAUAUGCCUUAUGGAAACGAAGUGUUCAGUCAAUUCAGAAAAUAUUGUUGUUUAUAAUCACACUCUACAAACUUUACAAGAAAGGCUCAGAUUUUUUUCAGGCUUUGCUGGUCAGCCCAGAAGGGAGUGCUCUCCCAGUUCAAGACAAUAUCUUCCUAUCAUUCGGUCUGCAAGAGAAAAUUCUGAAAAAGCUUCAGACGGUGGAAAACAAAGUGAAAGACCUGGAGGGGAUGAUCAUUUCCCAAAAACCUACCACAAAGAGGGACUGUUCCUCUGAGGCCUACUGCAGCUGCUCCGACUGUCAGAGCCCCUUGCCGACAUCAGGGUUUACAUCCACAUCUGAAAUGUGAUGGACUCCAAUCUUUUCCAGAAAAGCACUGUUUCCCUCAUGUGUGUGGUGGUGUUAUCAAUAAAGAUAGAGAACUAUGUUGAAA